ACACCACACGCCCCCAGAAGAAGAAUGAGGUGGAUGGGAAAGACUACUACUUUGUCACCACUGAGGAGAUGACCCGGGACAUCUCAGCCAACAAGUUCCUGGAGUUUGGAAGCUACCAGGGAAACAUGUUUGGAACCAAGUUUGAAACAGUGCACAAGAUCCACCAGCAGGACAAAGUUGCCGUUUUGGACGUUGAGCCCCAGACCCUGAAGAUCAUCCGCACAGCCGAGCUCUCCCCGUUCAUAGUCUUCAUUGCCCCAACAGACAAGGCAGAGCAGUCGGAGGCUUUGCAGCAGCUCCGUAAGGAUUCCGAGAGCAUCCGGAGCAGAUAUGCACACUACUUUGACCUGUCACUGGUCAACAACGGGGUGGAAGAAAGCCUCCAGCUGCUGCAGGAAGCCUUUGAACAGGCCUGCAGCUCUCCACAAUGGGUGCCCAUCUCCUGGGUCUACUGAGGGGGCAUCUGACCCCAGCCGCUUCCCAUCGACCAUCCUGCAGCCAUGGGGAGAAACCUCCUCAGCUUCCCCUGAUCUACACAGCCCAGCACAAUUCCUUUCCUCUGCUGCUCCAUGGACAUGGUCUCAAUUGGUUCACACACACACACAGGGGUUUUGGACCAUCUCUCCCAGGGGAACACAGGA